AUGCCCAUGACGCGGCUUUGCUUCAACCUCUCCCUGCAUCCGGUGACUCGCAGCUGGCUCCUGGGCCACUUCCUCAUCCUAUUGUGCCGGCAGACGGAGCCAGAGGCCUCCUUGGAAUCCCUUCCACCCCCUUGCCUCUUUGAAGGACUGGAUGGGCCCGGGUCCCAAUCCAAGCAGCCUCACCGUAGUCCGCUGGAAGUUCAGUCUGUGGGCUCUCAGAGAGUUUUGGCCAUUUUGGCCUACCUACUCCGCCGAGUGCCCCAGUGUGGGGACUUCUUUGCACGGAAGCUGCAGAGCGAGCCUUGGUUAAAGGCUUUCCAUGCACCACAAUGGUCGAAUGAUCGUAGCAAGAAGUCGCGGGGAGAUGUCUUGCUCCUGCAAGGGAUUGCAAUUUCAGAUUUGCCGGGCCACUGCGCAGUGAAUCUUCUCAUGCAGCUGGUGAACACGAGACUCUACUUGUCUUCCUCCCGACACGCGGCCUGGCUGCUCUCCGUCUUGCAUGCGCUGCUCUGUCCGCAGCCGGCCCGGAGCUCUACCAGCUCCAAGGACUCGGAAGCUUUCAACGAGGCGCCCGCGGUGCCCACGGUGGCCACGGCCAGCGCGGCCACUGCCACUGCCGCGACCAUUCCGCCCAGCCCGGCCGCAGCGCAAGCAGAGGAGACGGAAGAGACGCCCGGGUCACAGCGGUGGAGCAAGAUCAUUGAGGACAUGCACACGGCCCUGUCCCAAAAGAGCGUGCUGGCUCUUUGCCACUUCCUUUGCCAUGCCGGCAGUGGCCACGGCUCGAGUAGUGAGGGUGACGCGUUCCAACUUGCAGGGGAUAUCCUGGUGGCCCUGGCAGCUUCACGUACACACCUGGACACCGUAAGGUGUGAGUUGAUGCAGGUCCUGGCCACCCUGGUCACGGACAUCGAGCGAGCCCUUCAGGAGUGCGAGGCCGCCGCUGCAGAGCCCUCCACGAUCGAGUCGCGCUUCCUUCGCGUGGUCAGGACUUUGACCGAAGUUUUCCGGGAGGCCUCAAAGUCAGGACCGGACCGAAAUAGCUCUAAGCCAGAGGGCUUCAUGGAGGAGGCUCGUGUUGAAAAUUUGUGGGAUGCCCUGGAUCGCACGUUGGAGCGCCUGGAUGACCCGGAGAUGUCAGCCACGCCAGCACAGAAGCUCCUGUCCUCCGGUGAGGGAGACGCUGGUUCGCCUGACAACAGCCAGUCGCCUCCGAAGCCGUUGCUGAACCGGCUGCUGCCGCUCAUUGAAGCCUUCUUCGUGCUCCAUGGCCACAUCACCGAGGAAGCGGACAAGGUCCCACGACCAGAGGAGCCACUUCAGAUGACCGAGGGUGGCUCAUCCUCAUCUCAGCCGGGCAAAGUCCCGUCACCAGCUCAGCUGUCGCGGCACGUUUUUGCCGAGUUCCACGAGCAGUCUGCAGCAGAGAGAUCUCGCUUCGGCCAGUUCUGCAAGAAGCAUCGGCGUCCGUUGAAUGCGCUGCUGAAACAGACACCUUCGCUUCUGUCGAAGUCUUUCGCUCCGGUCCUCCAGUAUAUGCCGACCUGUCUGGACUUCGACAACAAGCGGGCCUAUUUCAGGGCGCAGCUGCGGCCCGGAGCUCGUGUGUUUUUCCUACUUGUGCUGCGAGUUGCCCGAAGCCAGAUCCAUGACUCAUACCACCAACUUCGGAUACGGACCGGUGAGGAGAUGAGGGCCAAGAUCCAGGUUCAAUUCCAGGGCGAAGAGGGCAUCGAUGCCGGAGGUGUGGCCAAGGAGUGGUACGGAGCGCUGGCUAGGGAAAUUUUUAACCCCAACUAUGCCCUCUUUGUGCAGGCCGGUGGCAAGGCUUGCACCUACCACCCGAAUCCGAUGUCCUAUGUCAAUAGAGACCACCUCCAGUUUUUCCACUUCAUAGGAAGGGUGGUUGGCAAGGCCAUUCAUGAUGGCCAGAACCUGGAGGCUUGGUUCACCCGAGGCUUCUACAAGCACAUGCUGGGAAAGAAGGUGAUUCCUGCUGAUCUGGAAGCAUUUGAUCCUGAAUACUUCUCCAAUUUGAAAUGGCCAGGGUCACAGUCCCGAAGAGCUUUCGCAUUCGCCGAUGACAUCACAGACAUCAUCGAGCUCACCUUCUCCGCAGAAAGCGACGAGCUGGGGCAGAUCAAAGUGGUCGACCUCAAGCCUCAGGGCAGAAAUUUGCCCGUAACCAACGAAAACAAACAUGAGUACAUUCAACUCAUGUCGGAGCACAAGAUGACCAACUCCGUCAAGCAGCAAAUAGAGCACUUCCUCAAAGGCUUGCAUGAGAUCGUCCCUCCGCAGCUGCUAUCGUUGUUUGACGACAAGGAGCUGGAGCUUCUCAUCUCGGGCCUGCCGGAUAUUGACAUUGAGGACCUGAAGCAGAACACCGAGUAUCACAACUACACGCCGCUGUCGGAUCAGGUCCAGUGGUCUGCGCCUCAAACGGCAGCUCCACAUUAUACCACCGGUACGCUCCAAUCCUCAGAUUUGAGCGUCGAAGCGGUGUUUGAAUUUGCAUUGAAGGUUCUGGAAGGUUUACCUGUCCUCCUGCAACUCGUCUACUCCUACAGACUUGUCUUGUCUUCGAACGGUGAGCUCCGCUCUCAAGUCGAACGGCCCCAGUCGCUGUUGGGUUGGGAGGUGGAUCUCCUGGAGCAGCUGAAGGAGCUGAAGGUUCAGCGAUGGGAGCGCUGCGUGGCGUCCUCAUGGCAUCCAGUCCUGAACCGCUUUGACAACAUUCUGGCAGCCUUUGCUGACCCCUCGCAGCGAGCAGCAGACGGAGCUCCCGACGAAGAGCUUGUGUGCGAGGUGCUGCGGGUCUUACACGAUAUUGUUUUCCUCCACCAGGAGCUGAAGGGCAAGCCGACAUCUUCAGAGCUCUCCUCUGGCGGCCGCCAUGGAGCGAAGAUUAGAGGCGAGUCCUCGCUUGCUGUGGUGCCCCGAGACGGAAAGCGGAUCGUACUAGUGACUAGCAAUGUGCCGACAGCAUCCGUGCCAAGCGAAAGAGAUGCCAUGCAAGCAUGGAGGCAGUCUGUAGGUCACCAGCCACAGUCGUCAAAGCGCGUACAUUGGCUGGAGAAGCCGCUUGCGCAGGCAGCGGAGCCUUUCGAAGUGCUCCUCAAGCGGCUCGAGGAGUCUCCCAUGGUCACAGAUGCAAUUCGGCCAGCUCUCAUGCUGCAGCUUCGUUUGUGGUGUCGUGCUCGAACACUCGAAGGCAGACAGGAGGUGGUUGCUAUAGCGCUUUUGGCCAUCUGCAACUCCAUUAAGCACAUUGGUCCCUGCAUGCUGCAGCAGUACCUGCAGAAGAGGCCGGGACUUCUGUCCGAGCUCUGCGAGCUGCUGCAGAGCCUUCAAGCAGUGGGUUCUGACACAGGUGUGGCGGCGCUCAGGGUCACGGGAGCCAUCCUCGACUCGCGGUUUGGACAGAGUCGAUCUGAAGCUUCGCAAUUGUCGCAAAUGUUGGGCCUUUCUCUCCCGCAUGGAAUAGUCGCAUGUGCGUUGAGGGGCCUGCUUGGACACCAACCAACUGAUGAUCAGCUGGAGGGUCACAAUCGAGUCCUCCUGGCUGCUCUGGACUUGUUUCAAGUCACAACUGUCUCAAAUCACCAAACAACGGCACAGCUUGGGCAUGCGGGAAUGAUCCUUGCCAUGCUGGAGCUCAUGCAGAAAACUGAUGUGGCAUGCCUGCCGGCUGUGGCAGCCAUGCUGCGAUGCUUGGAGCUGGCAGCAGAGGUCUCGGGCACUGCUGCCCUGGUCUUGUUUCGAGACUUCAGCGGCCUGCAGGCAUUCUCGUUGAGACUCCAAAGAGAAGUGGAACUGAUGAUGGCCUUGGACUUCACCGGCGAUGCUUUCGAGCUGGAGCCACCGGGUAUGGAGGCCACACGAGACGAGAAGCAGAGGUAUUGGCAGCUCCUCGAGGAGGUCACUGCACGGCGGAAGCUUUGCCGCCAACUGCUGAAGAACAUCCAGACCGCCCUGCAGUGCACAGAGGUGCUGCAGGCCGGGCUGGCCAACGUCUUCCAGGGCCCUCUGAUGGAUGCGCUGAAGACCGCUCUGAAGGAGCCGUCAAAGGUCGGGCUGUCCCUGUUCGGCACUGCCAUCGACAUCGUGUCCAGCAUCAUACAAGAUGACCCCGCUCGGGUUCCUCAGAUGAUCGACUCCGAGGUUCUGCCUGGAAUCAUGGCGGCCCUGAGCAAAGACACGAUGCGAAGUGCGGAAUGCGUCUCCUUUGUGCCCGGGGUGCUUGCAUCCAUCGCUCUUCAUUCGGUCGGUGAGGAUUUCCUUCUCAACUCGCCGUCAAAGCCCAUACAGCUGUUGACGGACAUCCUCGUGGACCCGAGCUUCGCGCCCCUGCUUCACUCUCAACCUGAGAUCGCCCAGAUCAUGAGCACCCAGGUGGACAAGGUUCUUCGAAAUCGGCCGGCUGGGCCCAACAAGCUCACCGACCACGUGGUCGACUGCAUGCUUGCAGGAAUGCGCAGCAUCCUGGACCAAGCCAAGGACUACCCCGAGUGGACGCCUCUGGAUCUGGAGGACCACACGGAGUAUUUGGCAGACCGCCUCGUUUGCUUUAGUCGUUUCUGCUGGUCCAUCUUGUCCACGAACGAGCAGACUUUGAAAUCCUUCCUCGAGAAGAAAGGAUUGGCGUUGGUGCGGGAACUUCACGAGUUGCCUUGUCUGCCGUACCAUCUGACAUCGCUAGAGGGUCAACAGCAUCCAAUGGCCGGACUCUUCAACCUUCAGGCACGAGGCCCUGAUGGAAACUUAGCGGUGGCAGCAGAGUUGGAGGACAUGUUGAACUCGAACUUCCAGAAGGCAGAGCCAAUGCUCAACCAGUGUGUUCCUGGGAGUGAUCCCUACACCGCACUGGCUGCAGCGGAUGAUGCGCAAGUCAGUGCUUUCCUCCGCAGCAUAAGCCGCUCGGCUGCUGCGCUUGAAGGGCUCCUGUCCGUGUGCCGUGAGGGCAGCUCUGUGCAAGUGCUGGAGGCAGUGCGAGCUCCUCUCAAACAUGUGGGGAAGCUGGGUGGCUUCAUCUUCGCUCUCGCAGCGUGGUAUCCACCAGAGGUGCAGGAGCGGGAGCGCAACAGCGCAACGACUAGCUAUCAUGAAACGAUCAAGACUUUGUUCACCCCGAGCUCUACCUCUAAAUCGGAAGGUUCCUCGCCGUCUGGAUCUUCAGAAGCACAGCCAGAAGAGAAGAAAGAGCGUGAGUUUCCUAUGAAGGACAAACCUCUCCUGCAAGCAGCUCGACAGAGCUUCCGCCUCACGGCGCAUGCGACGCGGCAGCUCCUCGUGGUAGUCUCUAAGCAGCUGCACAGCAGGGCGCGUCAGCGAGAGGUCACGCCAACCAUUUCCGGUCUGGCCACAGAGCUGGCAGAGGUGGCCAAGGCGUGUGUUUCGGCAGUUCCCCCCAGCGACACAGUCGCAAAUCUUCACUGGACUUCGGACAUCUUCGACCUGCUUCUCCGUAUGCACGAAGAACAGAACCGUGUGGCCGUCCGGCCUCUGAGCCUUUCAGCUUUCUAUCAAGUGGGUGGCUUCGAACUACUCGAGCCACUUCUACAGAAGGUGGGCCAGCACUUGGAUCUGGACGCAGGACCACCAGCCCUGGGCAGCGCCCUGGCCUACUUGGAGAAGGUGACUUCCCACAAGCGAUUCACCAAUGCACCCCAGGUUGGUCUACUCAAGGUAGAGGACGGCUUCAUCCCCAAGGAUCCACUCUGUCGGUCCGUCCAAGCAGAAGCAUUAAGGAUCAUGCUGCCAGUGUGGCGCAACGCAGACCUGGCCCGCUUCCCCGCAAAUGCAGCGCAGUCCUUGAUGAAGGUCUGGGUGCACUCGCUGGAUGGACCACGCGACAUUCCGCCAAGGCCUGCGCAAGCCAACCCAACGGCCACUACGAACAGCGGCACGACUGGUGGGACGGCACCCGCCGCGACCAAUGCCACCACAGCAAGGGGGCGUUGGGCAGACGAGGCAACGAGGCAAAGCAUGGUCACCUCCCUCAUGGACAUGGGGUUCCCACGAGAGCAGGUGGAGCGCCGGCUGCAGGAGGUGGACAGCAACACACGUCCGGACAUCGCUUCGCUCAUCAUGCUCAUGGCCUCCGGCGAGGAGACGACAUCCGCAAGCCCCCCGGCACAGGAGGCGCGCACCCGGGCUUGUGGGCACGUGGUGGCACGCGAUGGCCCUCGUGUCUGCUGCAGUAAUUUCGAUCAGGCUGCCGAGACUCCAGCACCACCUCCAAGCGCACCACCAGGAGCUGCGAUGACUGCCGAUCUGGCAUGCAAAAUGCUACUGUCUGGAAGGAGUCAAGUGCUUCAAGUGCACAUGCGUCGGCAGCAGGCGAUUCCGGUGGUGGCAGAUGCCAUGGCCUUUAUUGUCGCAGUGCCCACGCAGCUUUGGGACCAAGCCGUCGGCAAAAACGGUCCAGAGGCGAAUGCAUCCUCGGUGGUGCAGGCGUGCCUGGAAGCGCUGGGAGAAAGCGAUGACCAGCCGCCUGCCGAUGCGCUGGCCUGUGUGGCACAGGUCUUGGCAAGCCUACUGCAUCGACGGCAGCAGGUCGUUACUGCGAUUGGACCGGCAGGGGCUGAGUCUCUCCUGGUCAAGCUCAGCAGGUGGUCGUUGCAGAGCAUCGAUUCCACUGUGGAACCCUUUGCUCGUGGAUACCGCACCUUUUGUAUGGGAUCGGCAGCGCCCGCCCCGGAGGGCCUCGGUGAGCUACUGGCACCCCCCGCCUGGCUAACGCCAGUCACUGUCUGCGCGCAUCAGCUGCUGAUCUCCGUGGACUUGGUCCAACUUCGCCAGGGCCGAGAGUCGCUGCGUGCCGAAGUGCAGAAGAGCUGGGUCGCCGGGGUGUUGGACAUCCUCUACGCAUUUCCAGGACUCGAGCCUGGACUUGCCUUGGCUUGCAUCCAGCUCCUGCUGAGGCUUUGUUCCACCCAGAUCGGUGCCCACACGUUCCUCGAGUAUCAGCCGAAGCUCUCGCUGGACGAGGAGGGCAAAUCGCUGAAGGCUCCCUCGGAGACGGCCGGCGGCAUGAUCCUGUUGCUGCGGCUGGCGAGGAAGACGAUUUUCACUGGCAUGCUGCAGAUGAUUGCAGACCUUGCAGUGACCCUCAUGGAAGAGGGCUCAGCGCUGCAAGCGCGCAUGGAGAACGAGAUCCUGGCCCUCUUCUCUCCGCAGGUGAAGACGCUUCCAAUCAAGCAGAUCGCAAGCCGCUUGAACCACUUGUUCAUUCGCAACCCAGACAUCUUCGGAGAAGCCAUCAAGGCGGUUACUCAGAAGGCACAGGCUUCAGAUCAGAACUCCAUUGUUCUGGAGCCCUUGCCGGAAGCAGAGAGGUCGAAGCAGAAGCCUGCUCCACACGCUGGCGCGCUGCUCAUGCUGCAAACCCUGGUGUCCGAGAUUUGCUUCAAUCUCGAGCUCCAGCACAGCACUGCCUUCCCGAAGAUCUUUGACGCAUCGAAGAGGCCGGAGCCAGAGGCCGGAGACAAGAAGAAGGAGAAGGAGAAGGACAAGGCCGAGAAGAGCGACAAGAAGGAGGAGACAGAGAAGGAGAAAGACAGUGCCGCCGUGAACUCGAAGCUUCCACCACUUUUCCCUUUGGCCUUGGACUCCAAUGCCUUGCUCUUUGUCCUCGAUGCCUUGGUCACUCGAGUGCCGGGCAUAAGCGCGCUUGCCAUGAAGCCACCUUUGCCGGUUCCGGGUACAAAUCCAAGUACCCUGCCUGAGCCAUCUUUGGCUGUGCCCGACCGCUCUGAACGGCUCUCGCAGAAGAGCCUCUUGCUUGUUAUGACGCGGCACUUGCUUCCGCGAUUUGCGCAGCUGGCAGACGUCUGGCAACAGCAGAUCCAGCCACUGACCAACAGUCAAAAACUACAUUUGACCCACACGGGGGCCAUUAUCCCGAUGCAGAAAUGCAUGCCCCACCUGGCCACCACCUUGGCUUCCACGGCUCGGCUCUCCGUGGAACCACGCCGUGCCCUGGCCUCUGAGGUGGUUCUCAGCACCAAGGCCUUAGCCGACUCCGAGUCCUUCUCUCCUGCGCGGCUUUCCUUCGGCACGGAGGUGGCCGCCGUCUGCGGCCUUGUGGCAAGGCUCCUUGGAGCUGCUGCUGCCGUGGACCGCAAAGAGGAUAAGGAAGAGGCCGAGGAGUCGAGACCAGGCACCUCCGAUGCCAAAGACAGCCGGCAGCCCGGCCAGGGGAGCUCCGUGGAUCCUUGCAGUCUUGGCCACGUGACCUGUGCUCGCUGGGCUAGGCGCGUGACUCCCAUGAAAUACGGUUCGGUGGUCAUGGCCGUGGCCACUGGCAUUGUGAAAUGCCUGGAAUUCCUGACGCGACGGGAGACGAAGAACCGAAGCUCCCAGGGGCCCUUUUCGCCGGAGCCGGCACCGCCCAUGUUGCUGGAGGGAGAAGACGGCCUCGGGCCUGGUCAAGACUUCACAGCGGACUUCGGUGUGGGCGAUGGCGCCGCGCAUGACGAUCUUGACAGAGAUGACGAGGAAGAUGACGAGGAAGAGGAGGAUGACGAUGACUUGGCAGAGGAGGACGAUGAGGAAGCCAUGGCAGGAAUGGAGGGUGGACACCUUCCCGAACAUGAAGAUUUCGGUGACGAGGACUACGAUGCAGAGUUCGACGAGGACUAUGGGGAUGAUGAUAUCAUCACCGACGACCUCCUGCAUGGCGAUGAUGGAGCCAGCUCCUCAGAUGCCACCAUCCUGAACAAUGCAAUCCAUGUGAUCGAUCAGCAAGUCCAAGGCUUCAACCCUGACCAGAUGGCCAUGCAGAUGAACUUUUCGCCGGAUCUCGGGGAUGCGCCACCCCGUCGCGCUCCACCGCGGGUUGGUCGGGGUGGUAUGGACUUCCUCGGUGUCACAGUGGGCACUGGCUGGAGUGAGCCCGGUGACCUGGACCUGCCUGGGGAGCAUCCCAUGCUUCGGCGUGAGCAUCAGAGCCACGCGCAACCGUUGCAGCAACUGCCGCAGCUGGCUGGUUUCCAGAUGCCAGCAGGGCUCUCAGAACCAGCCUCGGAAUGCCGAAUGCUGCAGCUGCACAGGGUGCAGCUCGUUCCUGGACCGGAUGCUUUCCGCCAGAUCUUUGCAGGCUCCGGCCCGACUGGAGGAGCUGCUGGAGUCAUUGGCGGCCCGGGUGGGGCGCAGAUUGUCAUCACGAGCAGCAGCAACCUCCUUCCGUCUGCAGCUAUGGGCGGCGGUGGUGCAGCCAUGCCUGCAACAACUAGUCGAGGUGGGGGUGCGCUUGCAGCUGCUGCCGCCGAGUCGCUCGACAUGGCAUACGGGGAGCUGGCGGGCAGGCUGUCCGACGAGUUGCGCAAUGCUCCGACGGACUCUAAGGAUGCGCCGGCCACAGAGACCCCUCAAGAAUCUCAGGCCAGAGUCAUUGGUGUGUCAGUCCAGAGUGCAGUGGAAGAGCUUUGGCCAGAAGAUUUCCGUUCCGGAGCCGAUUUGCAGGCGCCAGCCCCGGCCGACCCACCCGCGGCACCUGCGGAAGGUCUGGUGGGAAGUCUGGUGCUUGCCGCAUGCCAGGAAGUUUUCUAUGUGACACGGCGGGUUGGUGAAACCGUGGCUGCCCCAGACAUUCAAGGGUGGUCUGUGCAGGUGGCAGAAACAGAAGCGACGCAGACUGUGGUUCAGGUGCCUUCAGACGUUGUGGAUGAAGCUUCGGAGCUCUUGGCCCGACUAAACGCAGAGGAGGCUGAAGAGCAGGUCGAAGAGGCACCCGCGGAGGUCCAGGCUGAGGAGCCCCAGCAAGAGGCAGAGGAAGCCACAGAGGCUGCGGCCCCUCCUGCUGCGGAGGAUCCAGCCGCUGCUUUGGGCAUCGCCGAGCUUGAGCGGCUGGCGACCAGCCUCGGCUGCACGCAGACGGCCCUUCUACAGGCUGCAGAGAUCGAUGCAUCCGUCGUGGCAGAGCUCCCGGAGGACAUGCGUGGAGCGGUGGUCAUGGCGACCUUAUCACAGGUUAAUGUCGACCACUUGCGCACCCGUGGAGCCGCGACAGAGGGUGCUGGCACUGGCCCAGCCCCGGAAGCAGGCCAUGUGCAAUGCCUUCGCCGUGAUAGCUACGAGCAAUAG